CAAGGACUUUAUUUAAUGCACCAAUAGUAUGGCAGCAUUUUGACCUUCAGGUGCACAGACAUCCCAAUAGUUUCUGGACACCCUGAUGUCCAAAACUUACACCUUUGAAUUAUUAGUGAUUUUAUGCUAAAUUCCUGUUUCCAAUUAGUAAAAUGUACAGGUACAUUUAAGCAGCUUAGCGGAUCUGCCAAGCUCAAAAAUGAAUCCUGAAGUACCUCUGCCUCCUGGCUGGGAAAUGAGACUUGAUGAAAAGUCAGGGUACUUUUAUUUUGUGGAUCAUAACACUCGAUCUACACAAUGGAAGCAUCCUGUAACGAAUCAAGAAUAUCCGCCUCUAGUAAAUGGAGCUAACACAGCGAAUUGUACGGAACAGAAUUCGUCUAAUGAAUGUGGCUCUAACCAUGAAAGCAAAAUUGCAGAUAUAAUGUCAAAGGCACACUCAUUACAGCCAAAAAUUGAUUCUUUUGAUGGUACAGCUCAGAGUAAAGAAUACUUACAACUUAUGGAGAACUUAGAUCAAUUAAUAUUAAGUUUGGAUACUUUAAAAAGUGAUGGAAAUGAAGAUGUUCGAUCGAUGCGACGAGAUGCAAUCAAAGAAAUUCAACAAUUAAUUGAAAUGUUAGAAUAUCGUGCAUCGAUUUCUAGCGAAAAUGCAACAACGUCUUAAGUGAACUAACUACUAUGUGAUUUAAAAUGUUUCAAUAUUUAUGAAUUGUUUGCUGUUAUUGCUUUUUUUUUCAUUUUAGUGGCAAAUGUGAAUCCAUUGAUAUUGGCCAAUUCGACAUGUGUACAUUUAUGAAUAUAUAUAUAUAUAUAUAUAUAUAUAUAUACCAUCUCUGCUCCCAUUAUUUCAUACUUGUAUAUAACAAUAUAUUUAUUAUGAUGCUUGUUUCUACUUAUUUCUAAUUGGGCAUUUUAUUCACUGUUGCUCUUGCUUGUUGCAUCUGCCUUUCUUAAAAAUAAAAUUGGAAAAGAAAUAAAUAAACGAUUUAACGAAUAGUUCUAGUUAGCUCUCUUCCUUCCUUCCUUCCUCGCACUUUCUCUCUCUCUCUCUCUCUUUAUGUACUAUUAUUUUCCAAUUGUGCACUUUAAAUUGGUACUUAAUAAUCAUUAUGAUUACCAUUAUUAUUAUUAUUAUUAUUAUU